AUGGCGGAAGAUGGUGUUUUAGAAAAGUUAGAUCAUGAAAGUUCAAAAGAAGAGUUUGAAACAUCUUAUUUUAAAUCAAAUAAUAAUGAUGCCUCAUACCAUUACGUACCGAAACAUGGAAUGUCUAGAUACAACACUGCCCUCAAGAAUAUUGUUCCGUUCAGGAGAAAAAAGAAAAAUAGCAGAAAUCUUGGUAUCGAUGAAGCUGGGCUCUGGCAGUUUGUUACGUACAAUUGGAUGACGAAAUAUAUGACCCAAGCAAAUAAGGAAGGUCUCACAACAGAUGACAUACCUAAUCCUUGUCCUCAAGAUAGUUGUGCUUAUAAUACUGAAAGACUCGAAGGCCUCUGGCAGGACGAGCUGGCGAGGAAAGGGCCAGAAAAAGCUUCUUUAAACCGUGUCACCUGGAGGUUUAUGAGGACUAGAUUUAUAUUUACCUCUUUGCUGCUUAUCUUUAUUAACUUAUUUGUGUUUGUAGGCGUUGCCUUUUUCAUGAGAUAUCUAUUGGAGUAUGCAGAAUCAGAGGAGCAAUCCUUUCUUACCGGUUUCAAAUGGGCAAUAUUGUUUGUACUGGCGGAAUUUAGUAGAGUUGUGUUGUAUCCUAUAGCUUGGACAACAAAUUAUCGAACUGCUUCACGUUUGAGAGCUGGUUGCUUGGGUAUGCUGUUCAAUAAAAUUAUGAGGGUUCAUCAUUUUGGCGACAAGUCCAUAGGAGAGCUUAUUAAUAUAUUUUCUAACGAUGGUCAGAGGUUUCAUGAUGUUGUUUUAUUCGGCCCUAUGAUUGGAAUUGGUCCAGUUUGUAUACUUCUUGGAUUUGGAUAUAUUUAUUGGGCGCUCGGACCGUGGCCAGUUUUAGGCCUCUGCUCAAUGUUUAUAUUCUAUCCAUUACAAUACUUUCUCUCCCGCUUAAGUGGUUUCUUCAAGAGGAAAGUUUUUAGUUUGACUGAUAAAAGAUUGACAGUGUUAUCAGAAAUAUUAAACUCUAUAAAGUUUAUAAAACUGUAUUCGUGGGCAAUGAUAUAUAUAAACAAGAUUUCAGAAAUUCGUAAAAAAGAGCUUUCAUUACUCUACAAGGUUUUUUAUUGCAAUAGUUUUGCAAAUUCGCUGUCGCUGAACGCUCCCAUUAUAGCUGCCAUCCUCACAUUAUUUAUCCACAUUAUUGUUACAGGAUCAUUAACCGUCUCUCAGGCAUUUACUGUACUUAUGUUGUACUCGAAGAUGCUACGUAGGGUACUUCUUUUCACUCAAGAGGCAUUCCGAAGUAUUAUAGACUUCACUUUAGCUCUGCAGCGUUUAAAGGGUGUAUUGCUGUUAAACGAAAACACCACCAUCCUGUCAAAACCAGUCGACAAAUCACAAUCUGUCUGUAUUGCGGACGGAACAUUUGCUUAUUACAUGACUAGUAAAGCGAAUGCUGCUGGCAUCAAGAAAGAGAAAAGUACUGCUGACAAAAAAAGUAAAGACUUAAAAAAAGAAGAUGGGAAUGAAACAAACAUACUUAACCAUACUGAACAUGAAAAUUUUUUCAAUUCAAACUACAAAGAAAUUCUUUUCGAUAUAAAUUUUUUUGCUCCUAAGGGAAGUUUAAUUGGAGUAUGUGGUCCAGUUGGUUGCGGUAAAACAUCACUCCUUACUAGUAUCCUCGGCCAUCUCUACAUGACGAAAGGCAAGCUGUGCCGUGAAGGGGAAUGUGCCUACGUUUCUCAACAGCCGUGGCUUGUCAAUGCUACCGUCCGUGAGAACAUUUUGUUUGGAGAAAAAUUUAUACCUCGGAAAUACUACGAUGUUAUUCAAUGCUGUGAUCUUGGAAGGGACUUAGAUUCAUUACCUGCAGGUGACAAUACAGAAGUUGGAGAACGAGGUGUCAAUUUGUCAGGUGGCCAGAAACAGAGAAUUUCCUUAGCAAGAGCUCUUUAUUCUGCCAGAGAUAUAUAUUUACUGGAUGAUCCUUUGAGUGCAGUGGAUAGCGAAGUUGCCAAUCAUAUAUUUGAAAAAACAAUUUUGAAAGCCUUGCGAUCAAAAACUGUGAUAUUUGUUUCCCACCAAGUUCAGUUCCUAAACCAAUGUGAUGAAGUAGUCAUCUUGAAAGAAGGGAGAAUCAUUGAAAGAGGGACGCCUAGCGAUUUGUCUUGUAAAGAAAGCAAUUAUAAGUUAAUAAUAGAAUCGUUGUCAAAAGUUGAUUUAGAGGCACAAGCUGAAAGUAAAGGAACAAAAACAACUGAUAACAAGAAGAAACCUACUGAUAAUGGAAAAAAUCCAAAGGUCAAUGCCAAACAAGACGGUGUGUUGAUAAGAGAAGAGAUAAAAGAAAAAGGAGAAAUCAAAUUUAGUACUUUUCUCAGUUAUGUACAUGCUUGUGGUGGAUGGUUUUUCUUUUUGUCAUUGGUAAUUGCAAUGUUCAUGAACAUUGGUUCUUUGUCGAUGAGCUCUUGGUGGUUACAAGCAUGGAUAAAAGCGGGCGGUGGGAAUGUUACUUAUACCGAUGCCGAUAAUAAGACAGUCUUGAGCAACCGUAUUGUUGAUAAUCCUGAUUAUGUGAUGUAUCGAGAUGUCUAUUGUUACAUUUUCUUAGCAAUUAUAGUUUCAAACUUUGUUCGUGGGUUUGUUUAUACUCAGGUUACAUUGAAAGCAUCCUCUAAGUUUCAUAGCACUCUCGUGGACAAGUUGAUGAAGGCAUAUCUAUCAUUUUUCGAAACUACACCAGCGGGAAGGAUUCAAAAUCUGUUUGCUAAAGAUAUGGAUGAGGUGGAAAAUCAACUUCCUGUGACUUUGGAUAACUUGAUACAGGGACUGUUGAUUACAGCGUCUUCGAUGUUAUUUAUUUGUUUGGCAUUUCCACUCUUCGCCAUUUUUUUGUUAAUUUUAUUUUUUAUUUAUUACUUCAAAAUUCAUCGAACUUUCAGAUCUGGACUCCGUGAAUUGAAGAGACUUGACAACAUGAGUCGCUCUCCAGUUUUUAGUAACGUGUCAACUGCCAUUCAAGGAUUGGACAGUAUACAUGCUUUCGGAAAGGAGCAAGGAUUCAUUCAAAGGUUUUCUUCAUCCUUCGACUUCAACUCAGUUUGUUACUAUAUGUCUAAUGUUGCCAACAGGUGGAUUGCGAUUCGUGUAGAUACUGUUGCAGUUUUCAUUCUAUUUUGUGUUACGAUGUGUGCAAUUUGGAUGAAGGGCACCAUACCAUCAUCCCUGGCCGGGCUGGCGAUAGCUUAUGCUGCAGAUUUAAGCGGAAUGUUGCAGUAUACACUUGUCCUUAUCGCCGAUAUUGAAGUAAAAUUUAUUUCUGUGGAGAGGAUAAACUCUUACCUAGGUAUUCUUAAGGCCAAAGAGGAAGGAGGUUGCGGUCCGAAGGGGAUGCCGGAAGAAAACUGGCCCGAGCGUGGAUCUAUAAAAUUCUCUAAAGUUGAAUUGAAGUAUAAAGAUGAUGCCGAUCCAGUGCUUAAAGGAAUCAGUUUCCACAUUAAACCUGAAGAGAAAAUUGGUAUAAUUGGCAGAACUGGUGCAGGUAAAAGUUCCAUUAUGACUGCUUUGUUCAGGCUUGUCGAAAUAUCCAAUGGAAACAUAAUUAUUGACAAUCUAGAUAUAGCUAAUUUAAAUUUGAUCGAACUUCGACGCAGAUUAUCCAUAAUUCCACAAGAUCCUGUAAUAUUUUCUGGAACUAUAAGGUCAAAUUUAGAUCCACUCGAGAAAUAUAAGGAUGAAGAGAUUUGGUCAGCUCUUGAAAAAACUAGUCUUAAAGAGCGAGUGAUGAUGACCGAGAACAAACUUCAUGCUAAAGUUGAUUUCAACGGUAGCAAUUUAUCAACAGGAGAAAAACAAUUACUCAGUCUAGCGAGGGCAUUAUUAAAGAAUUCCAAGAUUUUGGUACUGGAUGAGGCCACAUCUGGUCUGGAUUUCGAAACUGAGAAAAUUAUCCAGAGAACUUUAUUCGAAGAAAUGAAACAUUGCACGGUUUUACUAAUAGCUCACAGGUUGGAGACGAUAACGUCCUGCAAUCGUAUUCUUGUUAUGGACAGCGGAGAGAUUGCUGAAUUCGAUGAACCUGCUGUACUCCUCAACAACAGUAACUCCUUGUACUACCGCAUGAUGGCCGCCUCUAACCAAAAUGAAUUCUAA